UUCACAAUCUAAUCCUCAUCUUUCUAUUCAUAAUAAUCUCCAAGGUCACAUGAUUAAAGGCUGGUUUGGUCAUUUCCUUUAUAUUAAAAUAUGCCCACCUUACCUUACAUGCAAUCAUCAUGGUUGCUUUGCUAACUUAAUUAACAACUGAUACAAUUAAUAACAAGCUUAAAGUAUUAUUAGCAAUCAAGGCAAAGUCAAUAGUUUUUUUUAUAUUGAGUUCUUCAGAAGAAGAACCAAUCUCUCCUUCUUCUUCUUGUUCAUAGUUUUGUGUAGAAAUGGAUUGCUCUAUUUGCAGCUCCAUGCCAUUUAUGUUACGGCCGCCGAGGAAUACCAUAUGUGGAGCUUGCUAUGAGGGAGCUAAAAGCGUAAUCACAUUGAUGAACAAGAUCGAAGGUGAUCAUAGUAAAGCAGCUACUGAUAAAUCCAGUAAUUCUAUGGUUUCUUCACCAAAUUCUUGCAAGGCUCAGCCACUAGCAAACCUUCUAAAAAUGGUGAACAGCAUGAAAGAAGUAGAAGUGGAGUUGAACAAGAAAUUAAAUUUUCUUUGUGGGUUUGUCACUGCAUUCAGAGAACAAAUUCACACGGAUAUACAUCUCAAGCCUGGCAAUAAUGGACCUCCCAUUCCUGCACAUAGAGCUUUACUGGCAGCAAGAUCAGAGAUCUUCAAAAACAUGCUAGAUUCAGAUGGCUGCAAGGCUCCACCAAGUGAUGACACCAUUACACUCCCAGAGUUGAACCACGAUGAGCUUGAAUCUCUUCUUGAAUUCCUCUACA